AUACAAUCCAAACAUAAAACUUCAAAAGAAAAAGAAAAAUGGCUUCAACCUCAACACGUCUAAUGAAAACAAUCUUUAUCGCACUCAUCUUUGUCUCUUUCAUAAUUUCUCCAGCAACUUCAACGGUACCAGAUGAAUGCGCAGCCGAGUCGGCGAACCCUUGCGUCGACAAAGCUAAAGCUUUGCCUCUAAAAAUCAUAGCAAUCGUCACGAUCCUAGUCGCAAGUAUGAUUGGUGUUGGAGCUCCUCUCUUUAGCCGUUCGGUGCCGUUCCUUCGACCCGACGGAGACAUUUUCACCGUUGUGAAAUGCUUCGCCUCCGGGAUCAUCCUCGGAACUGGUUUUAUGCACGUGUUGCCUGAUUCUUUCGACAUGUUGUCAUCACCAUGUCUUGAAGAGAACCCGUGGCACAAGUUUCCCUUCACGGGGUUCCUCGCUAUGUUGUCCGGUCUAAUCACUCUAGCCAUCGAUUCCAUGGCUACGAGUCUCUAUACUAGCAAGAACGCAGUUGGGAUCAUACCCCAUGGUCAUGGUCAUGGCCCCGCAAAUGGUGUUACCUUACCAACAAAAGAUGAUGAUUCGACGAGUUCACAACUCUUGCGAUACCGAGUCAUUGCAAUGGUCUUGGAGCUUGGAAUCAUAGUUCACUCUGUGGUGAUUGGACUGUCUGUAGGAGCAACUAAUGAUACUUGCACCAUCAAAGGACUCAUUGCAGCUCUUUGCUUCCAUCAAAUGUUCGAAGGCAUGGGACUUGGCGGUUGCAUUCUCCAGGCUGAGUACACGAACUUGAAAAAGUUUGUAAUGGCGUUCUUUUUCGCGGUGACAACGCCAUUUGGAAUAGCGUUAGGAAUUGCUCUAUCAACCGUUUACAGAGAAAACAGUCCCAAGGCAUUGAUAACUGUUGGACUUCUCAAUGCAUGCUCGGCCGGAUUGCUCAUCUACAUGGCGCUCGUUGACCUUCUAGCUGCCGAGUUCAUGGGGCCAAAGCUUCAAGGCAGCAUCAAAAUGCAGGUCAAAUGUUUCACGGCGGCUCUUCUCGGGUGCGUUGGAAUGUCGAUUCUCGCCAAAUGGGCCUGACUAAUUCGCCAGAUGUUGAGGCAUGUGGAUUUGGUUAUGGAACUGAAGAACCGUUUUUAGGUUUAAGUCGUGGUCUUCUAUUGGUUUUGUUUCAUUGCAAUGCACUUACGUUACGUGGUACUAUCUAUCACAUUUGGAAAGCACAUGUCUUUCGGUAAAUAUGUGAUAACGUAAUUGGUCCCACGAGCCUAUUGUCUUUUUUGAUGUUUCUUUUUAUUUUCUUGUGUUAGCUCUUGCCUCUUGGCGUGUAAUGUUUUCGCAAGUUGUAUGAUACUAUUAAAUGUUAAUUAAUGUUUU